AUGUUAUGCAUUUGCACCAAUAAUUUCAGGUUUUUAGAGUACAGAAAACAUGGGAUGUGGCUUGUUGAGGUAAGAGUAUAUUUUACUGUGCAAUAUGGCAGAAUUAGAUAAAGUACUAAAAUAAUCAAAAGCCUCCUACACAGCAAUACAAAGGAAAUAACUUGCAGCUUCAUAAGUUUAUAAACCAAUUUAAGAGACAACUCUCUUCCCAUACUCUUAAUCAGUGUUUUGUAUUUUUUCUUUAAAAUGAAGUUUUAUGCACCUUGGUGUGGACACUGCAAGAAGCUGGAACCCAUCUUCAAGGAUGUAGCUAAAGAACUUCAAACCACCAACAGUGAAGUGAAAGUGGCAAAACUAGAUUGUACAAGAUAUUCCCAGAUAGCUUCAGAGUUCUCUGUCAAAGGAUUCCCAACUAUCAUGUUGUAAGUUCUAUGUCUGCUACUGUAAAAAUAUGCUUGUGAAAAAGAUUUCUUCUGUUAUGAAAAGACUUAUAAAAGACUUAGAUAAAAUUAUUUUGAUUUAGAUACAUCAAUGUAGAAAGAAGUUUUAAUGUAUUCUCCAAUUUUAUUUUCCUAAGCGCUACUGUAAAUGAAGAUUGCAUUUUAAAUCCUAUACACACUUGAUUGCUUUCACAUUUUUUUAAUAAGGCAUGGUAUAAAACUAUUAAUUUCAAUUAAUAGCUUAUAUGCUAUCUUAUUUUUUGUUCACAUUUUUUUGCACCCAGCAUUAGUGGAGACAGAACAUACACACACAGAGGGGACAGAACAAAAGAAGAUAUCCUGGAAUUUGUUUUAAAAGCUCAAGGGUAAGUCAUCUCUAGCAUUAUUUGUUACUCCUCAAUGUUCUUAUUUACCUUAAUUAAGAAAUAUGAUCUUAAAUGAGUCAUAUCUCCCAAUCACAGACUUAUAAUAGAAACUGUGAUAUAUUUGUUAUACUACUGGGGAACAGGUCAUGAUGGGGACUAUAACAUGGUUUGUAAUGUUCUUUCCAGACCCAAUGUGAGAAAACUGACCAGCAUUGGCAAGUUCAAUGAGGCCUUGAGUCAACACAGCGACUCAGUCUUCUUUUUGUAUAUUGGAGAUGAUGAUGAAUAUGAAGAUCUCUAUGUGAGUAUUUGGAGCAAUGAAUAUAUCGUAUAGUUUUAAACGUCACAUUUUAUUAUGAUUAUUUUGAUCCAUUUUUCUGUUAGAAUGAUAGUUUACCUUUUUUUCAGAAUUAAAAUGCCAAAACUGUAUUGAUUUUAAGAAAUGGGUCAUGUGUUGUGAAGAGUAUGUUAAGUUUAAUAUCUUUUCAUAAUCUUAUGUUUGAGAGUUUAAUAUUGAAAUAAUGAAUAAAACAAAUAAAACUAUUUCUUUUAUUUUUUGUUUGUUCCAGAAAAAAUAUGUCAGUGCAGCUGAAACACAUGCAAUCCAUUCUUACUUUUAUUUUGGAAAGAGACAUAUAUUAGAAGUGAGUGAUUAUAUUUUCUUCAAGGAAUUAUUAUUCCAGAAUCUUAAUAUUUAUGAAAAACUUUAAAAAUAAAUCAAAUACUUUAAUUUUUACUUCCGUUUACAAACAUACUUCUGCAUUUAAAUGUGCAUUGGAUGUCAAUCAAUCCAUUUAUCAUCAUAUAAAAAAAGUUUAUUGGCUAUAACUCCAAUGCCGAUAUUCGGAAUUGGUUAAAAAAAAUAAUUGUGUUAUGUUUUAUGUAGCUCAUGUUAAUUUUUUUUUGGCAAAGAUAGAGUUGUUAUUUCCCCUUUCAGUAUAUUUUUGAUCUUCAAAAUAGCUUUGAGAUAAUUAGCUUUAAAAAAAAGUUUAAUUAAAAAAAUAUACUCUGGGUACGUUAUAAAGGAAGGGAAGUUUAUUUGGAGCAAGGAUUAGCAUAAGAUUAAUUUAGCAUACUGAUUUUUAUUAGCCUUUUAUUUAUCAUAAUUUAUACAAAGAUGAAAUUGUUUAGAGAAUUCAAUUGGCGGAUAUUUUACACAUUAAUGUCUACUUUAACUUGACAGAACAUAUCACCAAAAAAACAUCCAACACUUCUGGUUUUCAAGGAUGGCAGAAACUAUGAAUAUGACUGUGAGUUGUUUUUCUUUUUAAGAUAGGUCAAGAAAUGAUUUAAACAAACGACAGCAUGAAAAAAUUAAUUUUGAAUUUAGCCCCCCCCCCCCACAUAAUUUUAUCCAUUGAUUUUGUUUACAUUUUUCUGAUUAAGAAACAUCUUUUGAAAAAAAAUUUAUCUAAUCCUUAAAUUAUAAACUUUGACUUAGAUGUGCUCAGAUCAAUGGGGAGUAAUCCAUCAAUUUAUCGACUCUUUAAUUUAAUAUGGGUUCUCUCCUCUGCUUGGAUUCCUAAGACAAAUGAGAAGUAUUAAAUUAAGUGAAAAAUUAUUGCAAUAGUUAAUUCAAUUCACUGAAAAACAGUUGAAUUUUCAGCCGGUGAGGGUGUUGCAACUGCCAGUGCAAUACAAAAUUGGAUUAACCGAGAACGCUAUGCUGCUUUUCCCAAGAUGUCAGGACCUGGUCUCAAUGAGAUGGCCAGCGUGGCCAACUACCUGGUGAUAUUGGCAGUAGAGCAAGGGGAUUUGAGCAACCCUAGCACCACAUCAGCGAGGUAA